CCCGUUUCACAUAUUAAGCGAGCUAGAAUUCCGAGGAGUACUGUCUCACUUUUUUUUGCUCCCCAAUUUGCUUCAAUCUUUUUCAGGUGUUUGACAAUGGCGGACGAGGUGGUUCUUCUGGAUUUCUGGCCCAGCAUGUUUGGGAUGAGAGUCAGGAUCGCGCUCGCUGAGAAGGGGAUCAAGUACGAGUUUAAGGAAGACGACUUGAGGAACAAGAGCGAUCUACUUCUCAAGAUGAACCCGGUUCACAAGAAGAUCCCGGUUCUCAUCCACAACGGGAAACCGGUCUGUGAGUCCCUCAUCAUCGUUCAGUACAUAGACGAGGUCUGGAACGACAGGUCUCCGUUGCUGCCCUCUGAUCCUUACCAGAGAGCUCACGCCAGGUUUUGGGCUGACUUUAUUGAGCAGAAGGUGUAUGCUGUUGGAAAGAAGUUAUUUACCUCAAAAGGAGAAGAGCUGGAGACAGCAAAGAAUGAUUUCUUGGAAAUAUACAAGACAUUGGAGGGAGAGCUUGGCGAAAAGCCUUACUUUGGGGGUGAAAACUUUGGGUUGGUUGACAUUGCUCUCAUCACUUUUUACAGCUGGUUCUACCUGUAUGAGACUUUUGGCAAAUUCAACAUGGAGGCAGAGUGCCCCAAGUUUAUUGCAUGGGUUAAGAGGUGCAUGCAAAAGGAGAGUGUUGCCAAGUCUCUUCCUGACCAGAAGAAGGUUUAUGAGCUUGUCGUGAAGUGGUAUGGAUUAGAGUAAGCUCAGCAGGCCAGAAUUAUAGGGUAUAAAAGUGCUUGCUUUAUAUUUGCAUGGUUUUUGUUAUGGUCGUGGUCUCGUGAAUAUGUUUAUCCACUGAAGUCUGAACUUGUUGGAUUGUUUAGUGCAUGUGUGUCCUGAGCGUUAUGCGUUAUAUCACGGAUCUUAUCGUUGAAUACGUCGUUGUGUCUGCUAAAUGUUAGAUGAAAUUGUGCCUUUCUACCAUUGGAAUAAGAAAUACGUACACUUUGUUGUACGUGCACGCAUGCUAAAUGUUUGAUGAAAA